AUGAGUGAGGAUGUGUUCGUUGUUGUUAAAUAUGAUUAUGAUGCGCAAGAGGAGGGUGAACUUUCGAUUCGAAAGAACGAACGACUCAAACUCAUUGAUGAUACAAAGAAUUGGUGGAAAGUGGUAAAUGAAGAAGGUAUCGUUGGUUUUGUGCCAUCGAAUUAUGUGCGCAAAGAAUCUUUUGUCGAGAAAGCAAAAGGAACAAUCAAA